AUGUCCGGAAUCACACCCUCCCAGCGUUACCCGCUCGAAAAAGACGUGCGCGAGACCCUUCUCGCCGCAUACAACGGCAAGCACUACAAAGAACUGCCAACUCCGGCACUCGUCGUGAAGAAGCCGCAAGUCGACGCAAACAUCACCAGCUUGCUCAAUGCCAUCGACUCCAUCAACUCCCACGUCGCAAGACCCGUCAAGUACCGCGCCCACAUCAAAACCCACAAGACCAUCGAGGGUACCCGCAAACAGCUAGGGUACGACUUACCCGGCUACAAGGGCCCCAUCUACAGUUCCAUCGUCGUCAGCACGCUUCGAGAGGCAUACCUCGUCCUGGACUACCAAGCCCAGGCCCAAGCCCAAGCCAAGGCCCAGGCUCAGGCCCAGGCCGAGACAGGCGGCCCAAACAUCGUCACCGAUAUGCUCUACGGCUUGCCCGCUUGCGUGCCAGAUAUCGUGCCUGAAUUGUACGCGAUCAGCGAAAAAGUGGACCAUUUCCGGAUCUUCGUCGACAACGUCUACCACAUCGAGGUGCUCCAAAAGUUCGCCCAGGAAACCCAGCUACGUGACCCUAAGUUCAAGUGGUCAGUGUUCGUCAAGAUCGAUUGCGGCACCCACAGAGCAGGCGUCUUCUCGCAACACGAUCUGGAAAUCCUGUUGCGCAGGUUGUUCGAGGCUAAAGAUUACAUUGAGUUGUACGGGUUUUACGCUCAUGCAGGACAUUCGUACGCCAAGACCUCGUUGGUCGACAAUGAGGCCGUGUUGAAAGAGGAGAUCGAGUACGUCAACCGUGCGUGCGAGUCCGUGCUAAGUCUGGACGCAUCGUUCCCAGUCUCGAGCCUCGUGUUGAGCGUCGGCGCUUCGCCAACCGCGCGUGCUUUCGAAAACAGCUCCAACAUACCAGCGCUCGUCUCAUACAUCGAUAGCUUGCACGGCACUCUCGAACUACACGCCGGUAACCUUAUGAUCUCUGACCUCCAGCAGGUCGCCACAGGGUCCAUCGUUGAGAAAAACGUCGCUUCGUUCGUGCUGGGCACCGUCAUCUCGCAGUACCCGCAAAGAGGGAACCCCGUUGGCGAAAUGCUCACAAACACCGGUGUCUUGUCGAUGACCAAAGAGGUCUCGUCCAAGGCCCCCGGAUACGGGCUUGUGGUUUCAGACCCAGAGUACGGCCAGUGGUAUUUACAAAGAUUGUCCCAGGAGCACGGUAUUCUACAGCCCUUGGACAUCGACACCUGCAAGCUGUUGCCUCAUGGAACCAAGGUUGACAUUCUAAUGCAACAUGCCUGCAUCACUAUGGCAUGUUUCGGCCACUACUUCGUCAUCGACGAUAAGGGUAUCGUUAUUGAUGUUUGGAUCCCUUGUAGAGGAUGGUAG